CCAAUCGCAGAAUACUACAUGCUUGUUAAGCGUUUAACUCGCAUGACAUGUGUACUUUAUCAUUAUCGCUUUCCCUUGUGUUCUAUCGCCUGGGAUGUUCCGCGGCAAUUUCAUAGUGUUUAUCAUGGGAACUAUUUGAAAUGAUUUAUCAUAUAAAUCGAGGCCUACGAGAAGGAACCCUUUUUGUUCGAUUAAAGUAAACGGUGCUACAGCCUAUAUACAAAUCAAUACAUUUAUUUGAUCUAGUAAAGAGAAACUACAUCGAGUUCAGCUUGGAUUUGAAAAAGAACAACAUGCCAGACAAAGCAACAGCAGAAAGCCAGAAUUCGACCUCUGCGCGAGUUUCUUCGUUUUUUAUUGAGAAUUUGCUGGGAUCAAACAGAAAAGAAAGCAAAAAUGAGAAGAAUCGUGACCAUAUAGGCGACUGCAGCAAAGAGAAGCGUUUUCACAGCGCGCUGGUCAUCAGCCGUUGCAGUCCGAUCUCGAGCGCGGCGUUCAGUACACAAAACUAUCCGAUCAGGGCAAAUCCAUUGGAAUGGUACAGAGGAGCAAAGCAGAACUCCAGACAGUACGAAGGGACUGCGAGCCCCAAAGAGGAAAAUCGUCAUUUCGAAGAUCCGUGUUGUUUAGUAACAGCAAGCGACCGCGAUUCUCCAUUAAUAUCGGAAUCCGCAGGACAAAAAGCAGAGAGGAAACAAGAUGACAGCGUAGACGAUGAAAAGGGGGACGAUAUGCUGCAAAGUUGUAAUGCCGAUCAAGAAACCCCAGAGCAGAAAUCUGCCCGGAAGAAGAAAACUCGAACAGUCUUCAGCAGGAGUCAAGUUUUCCAGCUGGAAUCGACCUUUGACACCAAGAGAUACCUGAGCAGUUCCGAAAGAGCGGGGCUGGCGGCGGCGUUGCAUCUCACUGAGACCCAGGUCAAAAUUUGGUUCCAGAACAGGAGAAACAAGUGGAAAAGACAACUUGCAGCGGACUUGGAAGCUGCGAAUCUUUCCCAUUCCAGUCAAAGGAUUGUAAGAGUUCCCAUUUUAUAUCAUGAAAACUCUAGCCCCGCUACAUUGGGUUUCAACGUGCCUCAAGUGUCGCCUCCUUUGGUUGGCUUUUCCAGCUCUGUGAAUUAUCCCCUUUCAGCAUUCCCCCACUCUAUGGCUUUUCUACGGUCACAAAUGACAGGUCUUGUAUAAGCAUAUGUAAUAAGAAUUAGAAAUGUGGAAUAAUUAACGGACUGCUUACUAAUGCAAGUAAACAGUGCUGAGCACCCAAAGGAUAACACAACAAGAUGAAUUGAAGCAGUAUAUUCAAACAACCUGCAUCAUUACUAAUAUACAACA